CAGAAUAUGCGAUGUUUUCAACUGACCUGUCACAGGUUACAUGUGUGCUGCUGAAGAAGUAGAAGUAGGUUAGCAGUAGAAGUAGGCUAGUCUAGUUGUGCAGACACGUGCCGAAGAAUUGGAGUCUAGAAGAAAACGUAUUAGAGGUUAAUAACCAACCCACUCUCCUAGUGCUUUUAAAAGUUACUGGCGGUGUUUUUCUUUCUUUUCAUUUGUUUGAAGUGAAGCUUAUAUGACUGCAAUAUAAACAUCAGGUGAGUCCAUUCGACUCACUUUCGGUGGGACAUGGCGGAGUCAUCACAGGAGCUGAUUGAUAUUGAUCCAGAUUUCGAACCUCUCUCCCGACCCCGGUCGUGUACCUGGCCGCUGCCUCGACCAGAGUUCAAUGAACCGGACAGCUCAAACACAUCCUCGCCUGCGUCUUCGGUUAAACAAGAGCCUGGCAACGGUGUUGACUAUAUCAGCAACCAAAGUUUGCUGGAAGAAACAGAGGAUGUCGCCGACGAAAAAACAGUCGUUUUGUGUAGAGAUUUCCUGGAUAAUUGCUGUCACCCUCUCACACAGCAACAUCAACGGCUGCUGCAGCAUCAGUUGAGUCCCCAACUACCCCGGCAGCAGCAACAGGUGCCUCCACUGUCGCCCCCAAAUGGAUCGAACUCCAUCGUGGUCCCGUUCCAGAAAAAGGGCGCUUCUUCUAGACGGAAUGCCUGGGGUAAUAUGUCAUACGCCGACCUCAUCAGCAAAGCCAUCGAAAGCUCGCCUGAGAAGAGGCUCACCUUGUCUCAGAUAUAUGAUUGGAUGGUGCAAAGUGUGCCGUACUUUAAGGACAAGGGAGACAGCAACAGUUCUGCCGGAUGGAAGAACUCCAUCAGGCACAACCUCUCCCUCCACAGUCGUUUUGUGCGCAUCCAGAACGAGGGCACGGGGAAGAGUUCCUGGUGGAUGCUCAAUCCCGACGGGAGCAAGAGCGGCAAGCCCCCCCGCCGACGAGCCGCUUCCAUGGACAACAACAGCAAGUUCGCCAAGAGCCGCGGACGGGCCGCCAAGAAAAAGGUGUCCCUGCAGGGAGUGAUGGACGAAGACGCCAACAGUCCCGUGUCCCAGUACUCCCCGUGGCUGGGGGGCAGUCCCAACUCUCACAGCAACGACACCUUCGAGGAGUGGACCUCCUUCCGGGGCCGGGCGAGCUCCGACGCCAGCACGCUGAGCGGGCGCCGCUCCCCGUUCCUGCCCGAGCCCGACGACCUGAGCGAGGGCGGAGACGCCCACCUGGGUUACCCGGUGGCGUCGGGGGCCAAGAUGGUGACGCCGCUGCCCAGCCUGGCCGAGGUGGCCGGCUCUCUCGGUCACCGCAGCCCCGAGAACGCCAUGAUGGAGGGCCUGCUCAACAACCUCAACCUCCUCUCGCCCAAGAACCAGCACCAGGACGCCUCGCACGGCUCUCCCAUGAUGCAAAGCAACGUCGGCUACCGCGGUCCGUACGCCUUGCCCUCAGCGGGCCCGCCGCCGCAUCCUCCUCCAGAAUAUCCCAAGAGCCUCUACAGCCAGACACCCAUGAACAACGGCGCCUCGGUCCCCAUGCGGCCCCUGUCGGAGACCAAAGUGGGGGCUGCUGGGAUGGGACGUUUCCUGGGCCGCUACAACAGCCCGGACGCAGCUUCCCACGAGCCACCACUGCUGUGCAUGGAGACCAUGGUUAGCCAUGCUGGUGUGGGUGGCAGAGGGGGAUUCCGGACCCUCUACAGUGGGCAAGGGCACCAGGGUCAUGUGGGCCACAUGGCUGGUCCUGCAUCAACACAGCCGCCACACCCUCACCAUCAUCUACACUCACACACACUUCCUCACCAGUACCCACCAGAGGUCCACAGGCCGCUAAACCCCGCCACGGUCAGCAUGAACGGACAUGGACCACAGGUCCUCGGUCACACUGACGGGUGUCUCGGCAGCAGCUCUCGGACCUACACACUGCUGGGUCCGGCUCCUCCGCUGGGUCACCAGGGCGGGACUCCAUCAGUGCACCAUGGCAACAGAAAUGGCUUUGUUCGGCCCAGACCCAGCCAGCACCCGGCCCAUUUCACCAGGCCUGAGCGGUUGCCAAGCGACCUGGACGGCAUGUCCAUCGAGCGCUUCGAGUGUGACAUGGAAACAGUUCUUCAUGAGACCUUCAUGGAUGGGGAUGCAGUAGACUUCACUUUUGACCCAAUGGGGAUGUCACAGGGGCUUGUCUAGAGCUGGGUAAUAUGCCCACUAAUUGUUAUCAUGAUAGAUCAAUUUUACAUCAGUCCAUAAUGUGUGCACAGUAUACCAUUCAGAGCAAUUUAAAAAAAAACUGAAAAAGGUCUGAACGAUGACACACUAAAAUGAUGAGGUAGCCUAAAGAAAACGUUUAGUUCAGUUUAAAUUGCAAACUUCUCAUUAUCUUCCUGCAAUUCCAAUAAUUUAGCUAUUCCCUUAACAUUUGUUUAUCUAGCUAGAUGGCACGAUCAUUUGAUUACUUUUUUACGGUGUCUUUGUUUACUAUGAGGCCUCCUCAGAAGGGUAGAUGCUUUAUUUCAGUCUGGAGCUAAUAGUACCAAACACCAGAGAUGUCUGUACUCUAACAGUACCUGACAAUAUCUCUGGGCCUGUUCUGGAGUUAGCAAAAGCAGCUAACUAACAGCAGUGUUGUAUCUGGUUGCCUGUCAUAUGUGGUAUAGGCUCUGUUAUUGACAUGUAUGAGUGAUGACAAGAGUGGUCUCAGUGCAAUGACACCCAUUACUCAAACAGUAGAAUUGGUUUUCACUGUCAUGAAUUACACUUCAUCACUUCAUGUUAUUGCACAACUUGUGGGGGCACGGAAGGUUCUGAACUUCCGGAUGUCUGUGGCUUUUGAUGCCAAGUGCAUCAAGUUUUAUAAUUCAGUUUCAUAAUUCAGUCCUACAAUGUUGUUGCCUAGGAGUCUAUUAGUGGUUCCAUAUGACACUAUAACAAUUGUCCAACUCGUGGCUACAUUAUAUACCUAUGCAAAACAUAAAAUUCAUUUUUAAUUUAUUUAUAUAUUACAGCUAUUGAUGAACAUUGUCUCAAGGUGCUUUCCACAACAGUGCCCUUUAGAGCAAACAUACAGCGGUUUUGAUAAUGUUGAGAAGGUCAUAGAUGUAGAGAUUCAGCCCAGAACACCUGCUGCAUAUUUUCCCACACACUGUUUCUAAAUGUUUGCGUGACAGAAAUGACUGUACAUAAUAUACAUAUUGGACUCAUUUUUGUGUAUACUUUCAGGAGCGAUGGACCUAUUUAAUGAGUUCAAGUAAUAGUUCGUUUUUAGGGAUGAGUAGUGGAAGAACUAGCAUUAUUUCAGGAUGUUUGUUUUCCUGGGCUUUGAAUUCAUUAUUUGUGUGAACAGUUUGUAAUUUCUCAAAUUUAUUCUGUUAAAAAAUAGUAAAAGUAUCACUGCGACAGCUUUUACACAUUUACCUAUGUUCUUCAGGACAAAUAUGAGAUUUGUGUGUAUGUAUAGAGAUAAAGGCUUGAGGCUUCAGUGUCAAUUCUGAAUUUAAAACUAUAAAGAUAAUUGUAAAAUUGAUAUUGCAACAUGGUGGCAGCCUUUAAACUGAACUGUAACUUAACUGUGUUCUUUUGGACAAAUCUAUGGAGAUAUGUUUGUAUGAAUAACAAACCAGGUGAUUGUAAUAUUUCUGUUCCAUGCAAUGUUGACAUUUCAUAUUUCUAUGCUGUAUAAAACAUGAAAGGAUUUUUAAAUGAAACUCUAUUUUCUACAUUCACCAUUAUGAACCAAAUGUUUCAGUGGGCAGACAUGUAUCUGUACUUCUUAAUUGUCUUGAACAUAUUUUCUUUAAGUUUGUAUAAUGUAUGUUUAAUGACAUUCUUGUGUGAACUCUUUAUUAAAAUAGAAUAUUCAUAAUAUACUUGCAAAUUACUGUUUUUCACCUUGACAAUGUGCAUAUGAAGAAACUAAUAAAACAAGUUGGCUUUUUGGGUGUGUACAUACUCCAUGAAUAAACUGAUAUCAAAAAGA